AUGAUGCCUCCCCUUGUCCCUCUCCUCCUCCUCUCGGUCCUUGGCUCCACCUCCGCCUCCGCUUCGACGGAUCGACACGUGAACGCGUUGGUCAAACUCAAGGUGGCGCUGGUCCCAGCAACCUCCAACGCUCUCGCCGACUGGGACCCGGCCGCCGCGCCGCCCGCGCACUGCUCCUUCUCGGGCGUGUCCUGCGAUGCGGCCGCCCGCGUGGUCGGGAUCAACCUCACAGGCAUACCGCUGCAGGGGGGCGUCCUUCCGCCCGAGAUGGCGCUGCUCGACGCCCUCGAGAACCUCACCGUCACCGCCUGCUCCCUGGCAGGCAGCGUCCCGGCGUCACUCGCCGAGCUGCCGGCGCUACGCCACCUCAACCUCUCCAACAACAACUUCACCGGACCGUUCCCCGCGCCGGCCGGCGCAGGAGAGCCCUACUUCCCGGUUCUGGAGGUCGUCGACGCCUACAACAACAACCUCUCCGGCCCGCUCCCGCCGUUUGGCGCCGCGCACACGCGCCUCCGUUACCUCCACCUUGGCGGGAACUACUUCUCUGGCGCCAUAUGGGAAAGCUACGCCGACCUCACGGCGCUCGAGUACCUGGGACUCAACGGCAACUCGCUGUCCGGCCGGGUACCUGCGUCGCUCGCGCGCCUCAAGCGGCUGCGGGAGAUGUACAUCGGCUACUUCAACCUGUUCGACGGCGGCAUCCCACCGGAGCUCGGCGAGCUCGACUCGCUCGUCCGCCUGGACAUGAGCAGCUGUAACCUCAUGGGCCCCAUCCCGCCAGAGCUCGGCCGGCUCGCACACCUCGACACGCUCUUCCUUCAGAUGAACCGCCUCUCCGGGGAGAUACCCACGCAGCUCGGUGGCCUCAGGAAUCUCGAGUCGCUUGACUUCUCCAUGAAUGAGCUCACCGGCGAGAUACCAGCCGGCCUCGCUAACCUCACCAGCCUCACGCUUCUACACCUGUUCCGCAACCACCUCCGUGGCAACAUACCGGAGUUCGUGGCCAACUUACCGAACCUGGAGGUGUUGCAAGUUUGGGAGAAUAACCUCACAGGCAACCUCCCGGCUGGACUAGGCAAGAACAGCCCACUGAAGAUGUUGGACGUGGCCACCAACCACCUCACAGGGCAUAUACCGCCUGAUCUAUGUGCGGGCGGGAUGCUGGAGGUAGUCGUGCUGAUGGAGAAUUGUCUGUCUGGUCCGAUUCCCGACUCACUCGCCCAGUGCAAGACGCUGAGGCGCAUCCGCCUUGGCAAGACCAUGUUCAGCGGCUCUGUGCCGGCUCAACUCUUUGACCUCCCGGAGACGAACAUGCUGCAGCUCACCGAGGAUCUCCUCGAUGGCAAACUCUAG